AUGGGUUUAUACUGGACAAAAGCGUUAUCCACAUUCAAAAAAGAAGAAAUUCGUGUUCUCAUGUGCGGCUUAGAUGCGGCAGGCAAAACAACCGUUCUGUAUGUUUCAAAAUUGGGUGAAGUUGUCACUACAAUACCAACAAUUGGUUUCAAUGUUGAAACAAUAACAAUUAAAAACAUAGAUAUAACUGCAUGGGAUGUAGGUGGUCGAGAUAAAAUUCGACCACUAUGGAGACAUUAUUAUCAAAAUACAAAAGCUCUCAUUUUUGUGAUUGACUCAAAUGAUCGAGAACGUUUAUCCGAAGCACAAGAAGAAUUACAUCGAAUGUGUUCAGAACUAAAAGAUAUUCCUGUUUUAAUUUUGGCUAAUAAACAAGAUUUACCAAAUGCAAUGUCAAAAAAUGAACUUAUUGAAAAAUUGAAACUUAAUACGAUGACUGAAACAGGUAUAAAAUGGCAUAUUCAAGAAACAUGUGCAUCACAAAAUAUUGGUAUCGAAGAGGGUUUUAAUUGGUUGGUAGAUGCUUUUCCGCCUGCCGAUUUGAUCAAACCGAUAGAUGAAACUAUCAAUGAUGCUUGGCUGAUAAAAACAGAUUUAAUCAACUCAUUUAAGGCAUCUAUAAAACUAUUUCAAACGUUAUUUCAAAAAUCUGUUAUUUGA